CCGUAGCCUCCAAUAUCCAACCAAAAUCGCCAUUCCAAAAAAUCGCCCGAAAUCGGUGAUGGUACCCCUUUGGAAACUGCCAAAAAUUGACCCGGAACAAAUACGCCCAAAUCAGUGCCUAAUAGACUUAAUCCUCGGUGGAGGAUACCCUCACGCCGAAUCCUUGAUCCGUAGCCUUCAAAAUCCAUGGAAAAUGCCCUUCCGAAAAAAAGCGCUCGGAAAAUUACGAAAAUGCCCCCGGAACAAUUUUCGCCCAAAUCUCCGAUUAGUUGACUUCAUCAUCCCCGAAUCAUAGCCCCAGUUCGCCUCAGGCCGAAUCCGUGCUCCGUAGCCUCCAAUAUCCAACCAAAAUCGCCAUUCCAAAAAAUCGCCCGAAAUCGGUGAUGGUACCCCUUUGGAAACUGCCAAAAAUUGACCCGGAACAAAUACGCCCAAAUCAGUGCCUAAUAGACUUAAUCCUCGGUGGAGGAUACCCUCACGCCGAAUCCUUGAUCCGUAGCCUUCAAAAUCCAUGGAAAAUGGCCUUCCGAAAAAAAGCGCUCGGAAAAUUACGAAAAUGCCCCCGGAACAAUUUUCGCCCAAAUCUCCGAUUAGUUGACUUCAUCAUCCCCGAAUCAUAGCCCCAGUUCGCCUCAGGCCGAAUCCGUGCUCCGUAGCCUCCAAUAUCCAACCAAAAUCGCCAUUCCAAAAAAUCGCCCGAAAUCGGUGAUGGUACCCCUUUGGAAACUGCCAAAAAUUGACCCGGAACAAAUACGCCCAAAUCAGUGCCUAAUAGACUUAAUCCUCGGUGGAGGAUACCCUCACGCCGAAUCCUUGAUCCGUAGCCUUCAAAAUCCAUGGAAAAUGCCCUUCCGAAAAAAAGCGGUCGUAAAAUUACGAAAAUGCCCCCGGAACAAUUUUCGCCCAAAUCUCCGAUUAGUUGACUUCAUCAUCCCCGAAUCAUAGCCCCAGUUCGCCUCAGGCCGAAUCCGUGCUCCGUAGCCUCCAAUAUCCAACCAAAAUCGCCAUUCCAAAAAAUCGCCCGAAAUCGGUGAUGGUACCCCUUUGGAAACUGCCAAAAAUUGACCCGGAACAAAUACGCCCAAAUCAGUGCCUAAUAGACUUAAUCCUCGGUGGAGGAUACCCUCACGCCGAAUCCUUGAUCCGUAGCCUUCAAAAUCCAUGGAAAAUGCCCUUCCGAAAAAAGCGCUCGGAAAAUUACGAAAAUGCCCCCGGAACAAUUUUCGCCCAAAUCUCCGAUUAGUUGACUUCUUCAUCCCCGAAUCAUAACCCGUCAUGUACCACUUAAUUUGUCUAAUGGGUCGUGCGUCCAACCCAAAAAUAUCCUUACUUUUAAUUACCUUUUGGUACCUAAAACUUCUAGCAAAAUCCAAAACAAUAUUAAUUCAAAUUGAACACUUCUAAGUAUAAAAUGAAUAGAAUAGCUACAGAAAAAUAUUAUCAGAGGAUGGUCUUAAAGAUUCCAUCGAUAAGAUAAUAAGAGUUAAGCUAUUAAUUCGAAUGGCUGUUAUUUGCCAAGAUUCCAAAUCAGGGGAUGGAUUCCCCUGCCUCAUCACUGGGGUGAGUUAUUGGCCACAAAGGCAAGGAGGAUGGAUGACCUUAGCACGCCCUGAACCCUAGCUAUAAAAUCCUCCUCGCCACUCACAAACUUCCCUCCACUGCAACUUCCUCAGUCCUAAUCAAAACCGAUUUCUCAUUGCUCAACAGUUGUUAACGCGCGACAUUUACUAAACUUCAACGAUGCUGGAAGGCAAGGCAGUGGUUGGCGAGAUUGACAUGCUCCAGAAAAUGCAACAGGAUGCUCUCCAUCUGGCUGCGAAGGCCCUGGAUUCCUUGGACGUCACCGAACCAACUGAAAUUGCCCGUUUCAUUAAGAAGGAAUUCGACAGAGUGUAUGGACCAGGGUGGCAGUGCAUAGUGGGAACUGAUUUUGGUUCGUUCGUGACGCAUUGCUUCGGGUGUUUCAUCCAUUUCCAGAUCGGCAGCCUCGCCAUUCUGCUCUUCAGGGGAUCCGCCGUCCCAAAAGAGACCACCGCCGAUAAGGACCAUGCUUUUGCAGUCAAGUCCUGAUAGUCAGUCUCUUAUUUUUCUCCUCACAGGUUUUGUGUUAGGUUAGGCUGGUACUGGUAGCUACCUUGAUAAAUGGAGGACUCGCCGUGAAUUCUAUAUCGUAUAUAUACCCUUCUUCAGUUCGGAUUUCCCCUGUCCCGAUCCAUUAAUGGGAUAGUACUGAAUCCCUGCCAGGAAUGUGCAUUUUUCAUACUACGAAAUGGAGAGAACCUUGUAGUAGUGUUGCCGGCGAAUGCAAUUCGUACGGAUAAAGCACUGAAAACGAAUUAAUGGUUAUCAAGAAAUCAAUACAGCAGAGAGCAUUCUCAUAUGCACGAGACCAGAGGAUUCAUGAACUCGGUCUAGCUUCAUGAGCCACACGUUUGUUAGCAAGUUGUCACUUCGGUUUGUAUCGUUAUGAUAGUUUAGUAAUAACUAAUAACCAUGAUACAACUGGUUUAUAUUUAGGUUUUAACAAACUAAACGAAAAGUGAAAAAUCAUUAUCACCAAAUAAAAUGUGCAUAUAUAUGAUCUCUCUUAACACAAUCUACAUACAAUUCCUUUCAUAUUUAAAUAAAACUAGGUGGCGAUGUCGCGUCUUAUCGCGGAACGGAGAUGGCCUAUUGGCAUGUAUUAUGUGGCUCGUUAUGGUGUUUUGUUAGUAUUAUCAGUCUAAACCUAAUUUUUUGUUAGCAAGGUUGUUAGAAAUAUUGACUUAAUAAUAUGAUUUUGACCGAGAAGAGAUAUAUGGUUGUGAACAUCCAAUUGGAAAUUUUGGCUAGUAAAUAAUAUAUACCUAAACCCAAGUAGACCCAUUGAUUAUGGGUAGGGUAUGGGUGACGUACAUGUGGGUUUGGAAGUUUGUAGAUGGGUUUGGGUAGAGUAUGAAUAUUUACUUCCAUAAUCUAAAGGUGUAUGAGUUGGGUAUGGAUAUUCAUGGAUCCAAGUGAAAUCUAAACAUUUGACCAAUAUGUAAUUUUAAAAAAUUGUAGGUACGAAAAUCUUAUAAAAUGUAGAUACCAAAACAUAAUUGUUCAAUGGAUUUACAUUAAAAUUAAAUUUGGGGUAUCAAAAUGAAAAUGUACAUUAUAG